UGCAUAGAAUGCUGCACGCUGCACGCGGUCAUGAUCGUCUCGCAUUGAAGGAGCCGGCCAACAGGCAGCCCUGCUGAUUUUAAUUCGUCGUUCGGCCCGUUGUACUAUCCCCCAUCGCAAGCCACAGUAGAUAUCUCACCCAAGAGCUCGCUCUCUUACGAUUUCCACGCUUCGUCCUUCCUCGUUAUCCAAGGGGCACUGUUCCUCUUAUUCUUUUGAACUUUUGAACAUUGACGAUUGAUUCGGCCCCCGCCUCAUCAUGUCUGUACCUACGGAGGCAGAUAUCGCCUACAUGAUGGCGCACGCCAGUGAUGAUAGACGGCCGGACUAUAUCGCUGCAAAUACGAUAUGUCUUGGUGCGGCAGCGAUUGCUGUCGUUCUCCGUUUUCUCUCGCGCCGUAUGGCAAAGGCGAAGAUUGGACUCGAUGACUACACCAUCGUGGUCUCGCUAUUGUUCACCGCGAUAUAUGUUAUGGCGUUGAUGUUUACCGUCAAGUAUGGAAUGGGAAGACAUGUUAUCUUCCUCAAGGAUGUCAAGAGCUUCGCUAUAUGGGCAUUGGUUGCAGAAACCUUUUACAAUGUCUCCAUCAUGACCACCAAGCUUUCUAUCCUGUUCCUCUAUCAUCGCCUGUUCCCGCUCCAGUGGUUCAAGAGAACCGUUCUCGCCCUCGGCAUCUUUAUCGUCUGCUACUCCAUCCCGCAAAUCUUCGGCGAUAUCUUCCAGUGCGUCCCGAUUCGCUCGAAGUGGGACCCCACAGUCACGGCGACUUGCAUCGACUAUGUCAGACUUAUUAUCGCCUGUGGUGUCAUCAACAUCGUAACGGACUUCAUCAUGCUGGCGCUGCCUCUCCCGGUCCUCUGGUCAUUGCACGUCUCUGAGCAUCGCAAAUGGGUCUUGACCUUCAUGUUUGUGAUCGGAGGAUUUGUCUGCGUCAUCUCCAUCGUCCGCCUCUUCUAUGCCAAGCACGUAGCAACAGUGGAUCCCACCUGGGAUUUCGUCUGGCCCUCCACCAUCUCUGGACUGGAAUGUUGCAGCGCCAUCCUCGCUGCUUGCAUCCCGACCUACCGCCCGCUCGUUAACAAGAUCCGCCACGGCGAGGCUGCCGAAAACACGGUGCCUCGCCCCUCGAAGCCUUCUACCAACAACUCCCGCAGGUUCAAUAUCCCUCUUCUCAAUAUGUUGUCCAGCAAACGCAGCACGAAUGCCAGCCAGACUUCCAGCAGGGCUGAUGAGUACCCGCUGUACAACAAGCUGGGCAAGGGCAACGAUGUGGAAAUUAGGGUUGCGAGCGGGCACGGGCACGGGGACUUGGAGCAAGGCAGGACGGCGUCGAAGCAGGAGAUUAUGGUUACGCAGACAUUCUCUGCGGGCAGGGAGUAGAUGGUGGGAUUUAAUGAUUGAUGCGGGAGUGAACAGCUUUUGGGGAUUUUACUUCUUCAGA